GUACUUCUUUUUACGUGACGCGUGAUUGGUGAAAAAAAUUCUCCGUGAUGCGUGAUUUAAUAGAAAAAUUCAGCGUAAUGCGUGAUUGGUAGCCCCAUCUUUGCCACCCCCCGCCCAGUUUGCCAUGGCCGGCCCCCCAUGGUCCAGACCCCCAGGUAUUCGGUCUGUUCGGUUUAUAGUUGUGCGAAGUGGCGAAGUCUGACACAAAUUAUGUGAGUUAUUUACAUGACGCAUCUAGCGCAAAAGCAUCCGCUGAUUGGUGGUAAAAUGGCGGGCUCAAUUAUCUAAAAUACAACAUGGCGUCCGGUAUACGGUGUGGCGCACGGUUGUUCUUAAGAGUAUCAUCGUCUUCAUGCUGCCUUUCAAGAACUAGCAGGCUUACGACUAACACCUCGAGAUACCUGUGGAGGUGUCGGCCAGCUAGUGCCGUUAAUGCGGUUUCGCCUAAACGGUUUUAUGCAGAUGAAAAAAGUUCACGUUUUUCAGAGGCAUUCUCCUUUUCGAGGAUAAACGAGAGUUUAAAGCCAGAAAAUUCAGUGAAUGCUGAAGCAAAUACAGACUCCACAAGUUCUGAUAGCUUGGAAGAAGGUCAAGAUGAUGAUGAUCCAUUAGCACAGCAAGUGCUUCACUACAAAAAGCAUUGUGACUGGUUGGCAAAAAUAAUGGGGAAGGAUCCUGAAUCAUUUAGCAGUCAGGAAUUGCAGGAAGCUAUUGAAUACUUGAUGCCUUCUGGACUGUAUGCUAAGGAUUGUCGCCCUCUUUUAGAGGACCCUAGGAAGAUUUAUAGACAGACAGUAGGUUAUGCUAAAGCUAUGGAUAAGAAUGGGCGUCCACUAGCCUCAGCUUUCUACUCAGGCCAAGUUGGAUUCCACGACACAUUGUUUGAAAUUUAUGAACAAGCUGCAAAGUUAGAUGCCAGUGAUGGAGACAGAUUCCUUGAAGCAGUUCAGACAAGUAAGAGUGAAACAGGUGGAGAGGAACUGGACAUAGACGACAGUGAAAGCGUCGAAGUGAAGAGUCAGCCGAAGAUGAGGUGGAUUACAAAAGAAGAGCUUCAAAGAGAUUUGAACGAAUUGUUGCCAGACAAAGAUUAUGAAGUCAUUGUUCAUCGGCUGAAGAAACUAGCCAAACACCGAAAUGCACUUCUAGCUACUCCUUUUUUGCUUCGAUUCUUACGUGAAAUUCCAUUACCAGGAAUGGAAGAUGUAGAAAAGAAGCUAAAUGAGAAAGGAGAGGCUUUCGGAGAGGGCGAACGUAAAAGGGCCAUCGCGAAAGUUACGGUCAAGAGAGGGUCAGGAAACGUAACCGUAAACGAUGUUCCCUUCACUAAGUAUUUCGGCAGAAUGGAAGAUAGGAAGCAAAUCAUGUGUCCAUUCCUCACUGUUGGUGCAGUUGGUGAAUAUGAUGUGAAAAGUGAGGUUAUUGGUGGAGGACAUUCGGGUCAGGCUGGUGCUAUUAGGCUUGCUAUCAGUCGUGCGUUGCUAAAUUUUGAGGACAGCUACUUGGAACCUCUUCAAAAAGCUCGGUUGUUAAUACGAGAUUACCGAGUCAGGGAGAGAAAGAAGCCUGGGCAGAAGAGAGCCAGAAAGAAGUUUGCCUGGGUUAGACGAUGAAGAGCUUUGCUUUGUGACGUGAAGAGUACUGUUCGGGCGCCCUCUCCACACCAAUUAAUGAGUGAAAAAUGAAACAAAGCAGAGACAUGCGUGAAGAAAUAUACCCUCAAGCCUCGCCGGCCAGCAAUGUCUCGCAAAAUCCGAUUUUACGUCCCACAUGCUGUAAAGCUGUAAACUUGCAAGGAAGCCGGCCCCGUUUUGAAACUGAAGCAAAUGUCCAAUUGAUCAUAACUGUAAAUACUAGGUUUUAUUUUGAAGAUAUUUUGCAAAGUUAGGGUACAUAUUUAAAUAAAUCGUUAAAGAAUUUA